GGGUCACGCAGGAACUCUUCGCCACUCACUUUCCUUUCAGAAGGGCUUACCAAGAGAUAAAAUUUCAACCGUUCCAGAAGGGUUUCAAUUCACAAGAGUUUCUAGCUGUUCUUGCACGCAGACUCGCAGAGGUUAUGUUGCAUUGCCAUCCAGAACUUCUAGAAGAUGCAGAAUUCCAACUUUAAUGGCGACGCCAGACGAGGGGGCUAAAAGGGUUAGUGGGUCUUCCAAACAAAAGGUUCCACAUGUGUUGACUGUCGCCGGCUCCGAUUCUGGAGCUGGUGCUGGAAUUCAAGCUGAUCUUAAGGCCUGUGGAUCGCUUGGAGUGUAUUGCUCCACUGUUAUUACUGCGGUUACUGCACAGAAUACGGUUGGGAUUCAGGGAGUCCAUUCUGUGCCAGAGAGCUUUGUUGACGAACAGUUAAGAUCGGUUCUCUCUGAUAUGGAAGUUGAUGUGGUGAAAACAGGCAUGCUUCCUUCUAUUGGAGUGGUCAAAGUUCUAUGCCAUAGACUUAAGGAGUUCCCAGUUCAAGCUUUAGUAAUUGAUCCUGUCAUGGUUUCAACAAGUGGGAAUUUGCUUGCUGGUCCUUCUGUCCUUAAAGCAAUUCGGGAGGAGCUUUUUCCCAUGGCUGAUAUAGUGACUCCAAAUGUGAAAGAGGCAUCUGCUUUACUUGGUGGCUUACAGGUGGAAACAGUUGCUGACAUGCGUGCUGCUGCAACAUUCAUACAUAGAUUGGGUCCACGAACUGUACUUGUCAAGGGUGGUGACCUCCCAGAUUCUUCAGAUGCUGUUGAUAUUUUCUUUGAUGGAGAGAAUUUUCAUGAGAUGUCUGCAUCACGUGUAAAAACUCGUAAUACUCAUGGAACUGGUUGUGCCUUGGCAUCAUGUAUAGCAGCUGAGGUAGCGAAAGGCUUUUCAAUGCUACAGGCUGUCAAGAUUGCCAAACAUUUUGUUUGGACUGCCCUUGAUUAUAGCAAAGAGCUUCUCAUUGGAAAUGGGCCUCAAGGUCCAUUUGAUCACCUAUUCAAGUUAAGUAGCGAUGGCAAUUCCUAUAGGAGACAGGGGUUCAAUCCAAAUGACCUCUUCUUAUAUGCUGUUACGGAUUCAGGGAUGAAUAAUAAGUGGGGCCGGUCCAUUUCUGAUGCUGUUAAAGCUGCCAUUGAAGGAGGUGCUACUAUCAUCCAGCUGAGAGAAAAGGAGGCUGAAACGCAGGACUUCAUUGAUGCAGCCAAGACAUGUAAAAAAAUAUCCCAUUCCUAUGGAAUACCUCUGCUGAUCAAUGACCGAGUGGAUGUUGCCCUUGCCAUUGAUGCUGAUGGUGUGCAUGUUGGACAGUCGGACAUGCCGGCACGUGUUGCUCGCAGACUUCUAGGCCCUGAAAAGAUCAUCGGUGUCUCAUGCAAGACCCCAGAGCAAGCCGAACAAGCAUGGUCUGAUGGAGCUGAUUAUAUUGGCUGUGGAGGUGUCUUUCCAACAACCACAAAACCAGACAAUCUCACUAUUGGCUUGAAUGGUUUAAAAACUGUGUGUUUAUCCUCCAAAUUACCUGUUGUCGCCAUUGGAGGUAUUGGUUUUGGAAACGCACGUAGUGUUUUGGAGGUUGAUGGUGUCCCUAAUCUCAGAGGUGUUGCGGUUGUUUCAGCUUUGUUUGAUCGCGAGUGUAUUGCCAGUGAGACCAGAAAGCUGCAUUCAUUGCUAAUGAGUGCUAUAUCAAGGUGAAAGUAAAUCAGCAAAUGGGUCUGAUAAAAAUGUUUCAAUUCGGAGAAAAAUAGGUGAGCUGAUAAUAUUAUAUUGAAGAGCAUUGUUACAAUAACUGAGAAAGCGGACAUCAGAACACUGGAUAUGACUUAAGGAGCUUCAAUAAUUUGAUUGUAAAUGUUAGCUGUCUAAUUAUU